AUGUCUUUCAGUGGCACCCAGGACAAGUGCAAGGCCUGCGACAAGACUGUCCAUUUCAUCGACCUCUUGACCGCGGAUGGAGUCCCUUAUCACAAGACUUGUUUCAAGUGCAGCCACUGCAAAGGAACUCUUUCUAUGUGCAACUACUCUUCCAUGGAUGGCAUCCUCUACUGCAAGCCUCAUUUUGAGCAGCUCUUCAAGGAGACUGGCAGCUUCUCCAAGAAGUUCCCAACGAGUUCAAAGUCUGGCGAAAAAGAACUGUCAAGGACUCCAAGCAAGGUCUCCUCCAUGUUCUCAGGAACCCAAGACAAGUGCGCUAGCUGCAAGAAGACAGCGUACCCUUUGGAGAAGCUGACCGUGGAAGGUGAAUCAUACCACAAGACCUGCUUCAAGUGCUCUCACGGGGGCUGCACUCUUACGCCCUCGUCCUACGCGGCACUCGAUGGCAUCCUCUACUGCAAGCACCACUUCGCGCAAUUGUUCAAGGAGAAGGGGAGCUACAACCACCUGAACAAGGUGGCGUCGAUGAAGCGGAGUUCUGGAGCAGAGGAGGCACCAAGCGAGGAGGCAGCGGCUGAACCCACGCAGGAGGAAGAGCAGUCGUAAAAAUGUAACUUUGAUCCCUCUGGCUUCUUCCAGCUUCGUCUCUGCUGGGUGUUUGCUCUAAUGCGUAUGAGACUUGCGACAAGGAAAAUAAAUGGUCGACUUCCUUUUUUACAUGUUUGUACUUUUUUCCAUGCUGCUAAAAGGUCCUGUGAGUCAUGUAAUUAUCAGAUGAAUGCAUGAAUUAUUGGAGGCA